UUUGUGUGCGGUCCUGCAGUUAAAGUGUUUUAAUAUUUAGUUUAUAAGUUUAAUAUUAGAAUAAUUAAGUUAUUGAGUUUAUAAUCAGGAUGAGUGUGUUAAUGCCUCAGAAGCGCUAUUACAGACAGAGAGCUCAUUCUAAUCCCAUGGCUGAUCACAGCUUCGACUACCCGGUGAGUCCGGAUCAGAUGGACUGGUCUGAGCUCUACCCCCAGUACUUUAGAUCAGACGGAGAUCAGACUGGUACAUUAAACACAGCUAAAGUGGAAUUUGCUGAUAUUGGGUGUGGAUACGGAGGACUGCUGGUGGAACUCUCGCCGCUGUUUCCUGAUCAGCUGAUUCUGGGUUUGGAGAUUCGGGUGAAGGUUUCUGAUUACGUUCAGGACCGGAUUCGCUCGCUCCGAGCCGCCGAGCCGGGGAGCUAUCAGAACAUCGCCUGUCUGAGGAGCAACGCCAUGAAGUAUCUCCCCAACUUCUUCUACAAGGGACAGUUGAGCAAGAUGUUCUUCCUGUUUCCGGAUCCUCACUUUAAAAAAACCAAACACAAGUGGAGGAUCAUCAGCCCGACGUUACUGGCCGAGUACGCCUACACACUCCGGAUCGGGGGCUUGGUGUACACCAUCACUGAUGUAGAAGAAGUGCACUUAUGGAUGGUGAAGCACUUCACAGAACAUCCGCUGUUCACCAGGGUGUCGGACGAGGAACUGACGGAGGACGUGAUCGUUGGACGCUUGGGGACGUGUACAGAGGAGGGCAAGAAGGUUCGGAGGAACGGAGGAAAGAAUUAUCUGGCCGUCUUCCGCCGAGUACAAGAUCCUCAGUCCUGAUCCUAAAUCCUGAGUCCUGAUCCUAAAUCCUGAGUCCUGAUCCUCAUCCCUCAGUCCUGAUCCUCAUCCUGAUCCUAAAUCCUGAGUCCUGAUCCUCAUCCUGAGCUUCGUUCUCAUGGCGCUCCUUCAGAACUCAGCGCUGCUGCAUUAUUAUAGUUUUAUUUUUUUUCUAUAUUCGUUUUUCUGUUUAUAAUUUCUUUAACAUUUUGAACUCUCACUUCUGUACAGCAGCUGCUUCUGAAUCAUGUUGUUCUAUCUGAAGUUCUUUCGCUGUACCCGUGUUCCUCUGUGUCCUGAUCACUACUGAACUCUGUAGUUUACUGCAGCGGUGAGGAACAUGAUCAUGAACGAUGGAUGUGAUGGGACGGUGGAGCCGCUCUGUUCUUCAGUGUAAUAGAAUAAUCAGACUCUGGGGGAGGAUCUGAUAUUAUCAGAUAAAAUCUGGACUGGUCAUUGCUGAAGGAUCGCUGUUAGAGACGAGAACUCAUCCUACUAUCUUUAUUCUCCACAUGAACAUUUAUUAUCAAUAAAAUCUUUUUACUUC